GAGUGUGUGCCACGGCUGCAGUCGCGGCCACGACACGCUCAGUGAUACGCUGAGUCCAGUCCAUAUAGACUCAUUGUAACAAAUCCCACACAGCACUGUGGUGGUGUGCAGAACGAACCGGAUCAAAAACAUGCCCGCAAAGAACAAAACCAAGAGCGCUAACUCCAACGACAAACCCGCUGUUAAUCCUCAGGAUGACGCAGCGAAGAAGAGCCCCAAAGUCAGUAAAGCAGACAGUUCUGCAAACUCCAGAUCGGGCUCAGGAAAGCUCACAAAGCUCCUGUCUGCCCUGUCUUACUUGGUUUUAGUAUCCGGAGCCGCUUUCGCCUCUUUCUACCUGCAGAAAGUGUUGACUGAAGUGAACCAGAUCCGCUCUGAAAGUGAAGAAGCCCUGCAGAAAAACUCUGAGGUGCUGCAGAAAGUAGAAGAUGCACUUCAACAGGUGAAUUCUAUGAAGUUUUCUCUGGAGAGUCUGGAAGUUGCAGUGGGCCGUACUCAAGGUGAACUGGAAAGCACUAAUCGAGCCAUAAUAAAAGGAGAAACAGAGACACGACGGGUCGAGGAAGUGCUCCAGAAACUUCAGAACGAAAUCCUUCACGACCUCUCUGAGGGCAUCCGGGAAGUGAGACAGGCAAGAGAGCAUGAUUUCUCUUCUCUGGAGAAAACCCUAGAGGUGCGCCUGGCUGAGCUGAGCCGCUCUAUCGCCGACAGUGUAGCCGAGUUCACUGGUGCGCAAGAAGAAGCUCAAGCCCAGCUCAGUGACCUCAAACUCCGAAUAAAAGAGCAGAAUAAACCUGGUAAUCUCAAAGAUGAGCUUUUGUCCAUCACAACUGCUGUGGCUGGCCUCCACACUGCAAAUGAGGUGGCAGAGGGCAACAUGGGUGUUCUCAGAGAACAGAUUACAUCAGUCAAUUCAGAGCUGCAGACGAGGAACAAGGAGGUGGCAUCCUUGUCUGAGGAAAUUGAGGCAGUCAGAUCUCUUGUGCAGACCACUGCUGGCUCAUUGAGGCAGGAAGUAUCUGCGUCGCAGGCCAUUGUGCAGGCCAUGUCUGACCAGAUCCAGAGUGUUCAUGAUGAGCAGCUAAGCACCAGCCAGGCCCUGCAUAGCCUCCAGACAGACCUGAGAGGACAGCUGUCUAAGAUGGAGACAAGGGAAGACGACCUGGAGGGCAGAUCGAAGGUCAUGGAAGAAGGUCUAGAAGUGCUAACAAACUCCGUUGCAGAGCAGGCGAGCCGAGUUGAGGCUUUUCUCUCCAGAUAUGACUCUCAUGAGAGUUCGUUAGUUGCCCAGAGCCAGGUGGCUGAGAAGGCCAGACAGGCACUCAAGGAAGAGCUGGGGAGUUUAAGAAGUAGCCUCGGGGAGCUCCAGGCCAGCAUAGAAGCUUUGGCUGACCCUAAUACCAGGUUAGAAGGAGUGGAAAAGGCUUGGGCAGAGCCAGUAUUACAAACUGAGCAGUUGCAAAAUGAUGAGUUGGAGAAUGCUGGUCAGGAAGAAGAGGCAGGAGCAGAGGAGGUAGUUGAAGAAGAGGCAGAACCAGAGGAGGUAGUGGAGGAAGAACUAGGCGCAGAGGAGGUAGUCGAGGAAGAAGCAGCAGAAGAGGAGGUAAUAGAAGAAGACUCAGUACCAGAAGAGGAAGUUGAAAAAGACACAGUAACAGAUGAGGUAGCUCAGGAGGAGAUUGUAGCUGAAGAAAUGCCACUUGAAGAGGAUUAGAGGCAGUGAGUACAGUGAUCUAGUCUAAACUUGUAGGGGGUAAAAUAAGAUAUUGGCAAAGGACAGUCAGUGGACUGAUUCUGUGACUCUGAAAGAUACACUUCCUGCACUGUUAUUUUAUUUCAUGGACUUAUUUUAAUAUGGACGUCUUCCAAUCUUAGCUGCUUUUAAUGUUUUGAAUGUGUCAUGAGUGUUCAGUUUUCCAAUAAAAUAUUUAAACUAUA